CCUUGAAUGAUUGGCCUGAUGGGCCAUUAACCUGGCGCUGGCGCGAAUUUUCGGUCGGUGGUCCCUGUCGUUGUCGCGUGCUGCGAUCGCCGCUACAAUCAAGAACGUUGCUGUUUUUCGUUUGCGCUCAAACCGAUUCUGAACAUCCGCCAGACACCUGUUCUCUGCAAAGCGGCAGUAUAUACGGCUCGAUCUACUGCAUUCCAUAGAGACUCGAAGCCAUAGUGUGGUACGGGCUGUAAACACGGAUUGGGAACCUGUUCGGCGCAUCGUUGCAAUAAAUCAACUGCUCAGAAUGUAGAGCCAACAAGCGUAUGGCCCGUUCAUUUUCCUAGAUGUGCCACACCAUGGAAUCAAGCCGAGCUGGCCCAUCGUUGGGCUGAUCAGCACACUCCCACGAUACUGUACUGCCGCUUAUUCAACCAUCUACUCCCAUCAUGACAAUCCUAUCCCUCUCGAGGCAGGCAGCGGAAGGGGCUGCGUUGGAGCAGCUAGACGCGCAGAUAGAGGAGGACUCUGGACUGGACGAACCCGCACUUGAGCAUCUGCGCGUGAAACGUCGACAGAAAGUGAAGAAGAUCGCCGACGCCAAUGCGCGACUUGUGGUGGCUUUGUCACAGCAUGAGAACAUGUGGGAGCGGGCCAUGAAGAGCUACAAGUGGGUGCACCAUUUGCCUCAGAUAUCCGUCAAGAACAGGCAAUACGCAAGCGUCCAAGAGUGGAUAGAAGCGGAGAUCGCGGACCAGCGGAGGGAGCGCAAGAAACUCGAGCGAGCGGCGCGACUCCGUCUCAAGCGACUCCAGCCACGUAGCUUGAUGCACAGCCAUCAAGACCAAUCGUCUUUGACAACCGGAGGGCUUGCUCCAGUUCUCGUUACCUCCCUCUCUGGAAACGUAGGCCACUCCUCUCGACCGAAGGUGACCGCGCCCGGAUUGAGUGGCGGAAGUUACGGCUACGGUGACGAACGAGUGAGCUUUGGCGCGCCCGCAAACCUCGGCCAUAAGCGGAACUUGAAGGGAUCACAAAGGACGGAAGCGAUCGCCGGGGUUAAUGGUGCAGAACUGCUGUCGAACUUUCUCCGCGGUGGGGAAAUGCCUUCAACUGCGCUCCACUUCCGGGCGGCGCGUGAAACCGAGAAGAACCAUCCUCGGAACCCUUUGCAUGAGCACCAACACCGUCCGACGCCGGGAUACGCUGGGUCAGCUUCCCCCUCAUCUCCGGCAUUCAGUAGAACUUCCCCCGGCACCGAGAGGGGUCCGUUUCGCCAAGCGACUCCAACCCUAGAUGGACCCGCCGGUGGCCAUGGCGGAAUGGGUGGCUACAAGGCCGGGUUCGACGUCACGAAUUCCGUCAACAACAGCGGGCAUACAUCGCGGAUGGCAAAGGAAGCCGAGAACCAGCGGUAUAAGAGCUUGUUCACGAACGCGCCUGCCGAGCUCCCCGAGGUUACCGUCAUGCCCGCGGGAGGCGGCGACAACAACAACCUCCAGGUGGGAGGCACGAACGCCCGGGAUCUCAGCAUCAGCACUUCGAGGGCUGACUCAAGAGAAGACAUGAAAGUGAAGGCCGGAGGGGGGAGCGACGGCAUGGCCGGACCAAACCAGCCCACCAACUACCGCCGCGCGCAGACGGCCAAGGUAGACUACCACAACAGCGUGCGGCGGAAGUCGAGCAACACCUCGUUUACGCACCAGGUGGGACACCCGGGUGGCCUGGACGCGCUGGCGCCGUCACAAUCUCGCGUGGAAUCUCUUAAAGGAUGGGGAGAGGGACAGCCGGUUGUUGUAGCAGCGGCAGGGAGGGGUGAUCCGAGCGGAACCAGGGAGCUGGCACGGCCGGUGUCGGUCGUGGGGGGGUCGGCGGCGACCACAGGCCCUCAUGAAGAACCUUUCCGAUGGAUUCCCGGAAAGGCUCCCCCGCCAACCCCUCGGCUCGUGUGCCAACCUCUAACUCCUCCGCGGGCGAGACGAAGGCAUCGGCCACCCGACUGCUGCAACCAAGACGGACCGCAAACUCCGGCCGGUCUCGCGGCAGUGCCGGUGGCAACGGAAGCCCGACUGAACACGUUCUCGAUGAUAACCGGGGUACUGCUUCUGGCAAGCUGCCCAGACAACUAG